AUGCGGAGAGACGUUACAAGUCUCAGUGCAACAAAAGAUCCACGUAUCUGUAGUGAACCAUUUUCGUCAGAUGAUUUCGUUCAACAAUCUAAUCAGGUGAUGUUGUCGUCAGAUGCCAUACCGAUUUGGAAAGGCAAAGCAGACGGAUCGGGUCGUACUUCGAGAUCACGAUCAGAAACAUCUCUAGGAAGGGAUGACAGGUCCGGUGGAAGAAGUCGUAACUUCUCAGCUAGUUUCAAUAUUGCUGAUUUUAACGUGGAGGAGGAGAUGCAGUUAUUAAGAGCAAAGGUUUUGGUGUUAAAAUUACAGACAUUGCCACCAUCGUUAGAAACCUAUGAAAAUGACGACGAGAGUAUUGCUCUUUAUACUGGAUUUCCAAGUUAUGCUGUUGCCCGUUUUGUUCUUGAUUUAGCUGAUCCGGGCAAAAAUGAUCUUGCGAAAAGGUUUCAUGUUAGUCAUAUGACAGUUUCAAGGUUAUUCGAUCGAUGGAUUAAUUAUUUGUAUAUUAGAUUUGCCAAAUUUCCUAUAUUUCUCACAGCUGAAUAUGUCAAACAACAUUUACAUCCAACAUUCACAUCGUUUCCCAAUUGUGCACUUGUUAUAGACAGUUUUCCUGUGUAUAUACAAUGA